AGUAAGCUUGUUUCUUACUUUGAUUAUAAUAUACUGUAUAUUUUUGUUUUUUUAAUGUCUGGAGGUAAAGGAGAGGCUCCCCUUGCAGAUAUCAAAGCGCCUCCCAGUCCCCCUGAGCUGAGGAUGGUGCUGCUUGGGAAGACUGGGGCUGGGAAGAGUGCAACAGGAAACACCAUCCUGGGCAGAGAGGAGUUCAGAUCUGAAGCCAGUUCCUCUGCAGUAACAAGGGAGUGUGAGAAGAGAACAGGACAAGUGGCUGUGAGACGUGUUGCUGUGAUCGACACUCCAGAGCUCUCUCAGGACAAACUCCAGAUUAGGAGCUGUGUUUCUCUGUCUGCCCUGGGACCCCAUGCUUUCCUCCUGGUGAUACCGGUGGGCCGAUUCACAGAGGAAGAGAGGAGAGCAGUGGAGACAGUCCAGGAGAUAUUCAGUGAGGAGGCUGUGAGGAGAUACAUGAUGCUCCUUUUCACACACAGUGACAAGCUGAAAGGCAAGACCAUUGAGGAUUAUAUUCAGACAGGCAGCAAGGAGCUCCAGCAGCUUGUUGAGAAAUGUGGGAACAGGUAUCAUGUUCUCAACACUGAGGACAGGAGCAAUCACACUCAGGUCUCACAGCUUCUGGGCAAGAUAGACAACAUGGUGAAGGGAAACAACAGCAGCUACUACACCAAUGAGAUUUACCAGAAAGCAGAAGCAAAGAUCAGACAAAGACAAGAGGAGAUACUGAAGGAGGAGGAAGAGACAAUAUUGAGGGAGGAAGAGGAACUGAGGGCAAAGCACCUGAAAGAACUCGAGAACUUGAAAAGGAAGAUGAGAUUGGAAAUCCAGAAACAAGAUGAGAAGAUCAGAGAGCUGGAGGAGAGGAUAGAAGAGCAGGAGGAAGAGCUGAGGAAAGAACAGGGAGAGAAUCACAGGAUCAAACUGGAGGAAGAACUGAGGAGAAAGCGAGAGGAGAGAGAAAGGGAGGAGCAAGAGAAGGAGGAUUGCAUUGAGAAAGGGAAGAGAGAGAGGGGAGAGUAUGAGGAGAAACACAGGAGAGAGAUGGAGACAGUCAGGCAGCGCUACAAGGAAAUCAUUAGACCAGAAACAGAAAGAUACAAUGGGUUUAUAAGCAGAUAUGAAAAGCCAGCUGAAGCGAGAGGAGAAAGGGCAGCACUAGGGGCAGUGAUCAGUGCAGUAGCAGGAGCACUGGUUGAAGGGGCUGAGGUAGGGGCAGUAUUACACACAGUAUCCAGAGCAAUAUCAGAAGAGACAGCACUAGGGGCAGUAAUGCACGCUGCAAAGGAAGCAGUAAGAGAAGGAGCAGCUCAGAGGGCAGUGAUCAGUGCAGUAGCAGCAGCACUGAGAGAAGGGGCUGCGAUCGGGACAGUAUUGCACACAGUAGCAGAAGCAAUAGAGGCAGCACCACAGGAACCCAGUCAAGAACAGUGAGACAGGGGGUGGUAUUAUUGGAG